CAGAGGAGGGGCCAGAGGGACAGGGAGGGGAUGAGGCGGGAAGCUGAGAGGCCCCAGUAUAGGAAAGACCGUUAAGCUACAGAUGUUUGGCAGCUGCAGGCAAAGGAAGUGUCUGAGAAGGAGGGAGUGAGACUGCUGGGCUACAGAAGGGGUUGGAGGCCUGACUGGUGUUCUCCGUAGACAGUAUGCCUCUUCCGCCACCCCCUUCCUCUCCUCCACCACCUUAUCCACACUCCAGGGAGCCUUUGAGCCUGAACUGGCCCUUCCUGCGAAGCCUGUUGGGAGUUUUGCGCAUAUCGCAGCUGGUGGCCGGUGCUGUUUGCUGGAUUACUUUAGCGGCGCACAAGUAUGAAGGGGCGACCUACUUUGCAGUCUUUUCUGCAGUCCUGGUGUGGUUGCUCACCUUGGCAAUCUUUGGGCUCAGCUUACUGGGCCGCUGGAAUUUGGUGCCAGGGCUGGGGAGCCGCUGGCUCAUCACAAAUAUAGUGCAUGAUCUGCUGUUCGGGGUCGUCCUCUUCUCUGCUGCUGCAGGCAUCAUGGUCCAUAAAGCGCAGGAUGCCAGCUACUGCAACUUGAGUGCCUACCAGUUUCCCUGCAAUUACAGUGCCUACCUGAGUGCUGCCGUCUUUGCAGGCAUCGCUGCCGUCUUUUACCUGCUUUCAGGACUCCACUGCCUGGUACGCCGUUCCCGGGGGCACCAUGACAUCAUCUGAGAGGUGCAAGAAGACAGAUCGAUGAACAUGGAUAGACACACUCUUCUUCAAACAGGUGGACAA